UGUUGUGGCAGCAUCGUGGGUCACCAUGAACACCUCACUCCUUAUCCUUCUGUGUGGAACUUUUGGGCAAGUGUUUGGCGGGGCUGAUCAAGACGAAGCCCAGCUGGACGCCCGAGGUCCGUCCGCACUUAUCGAUGCAGGAAGCAGCGACAUCAGCGCUGGCGGGACCGAAGACACGGAUGCGGAAGCUCCCGUGUCCUUCUCGCUGAACGAUGUGAUCCACCGGCUCCUCCAGCAGCAGGAGGAGAUACGACAGCUCCAGGUAAUGGUGGCGAACAGAGAGCGCACGGUCCAGAGUUUCCGCUGUGAGUCUGGUAUACUCAACACUAACAUCAACUCCGGUUCCGGCAGCCGGCACCGCGACCUGACCGCCACGUUCAGCAGGAGCUUCCCGAGAACCCCCGUGGUGACCGUUGGUCUCAGAAAGGUGGACAACAGUCGUGACAGGAACCUUCGCGUCACGGUCGUUGUACAGUCCGUCUAUGUUUCUCACCUGACCGUGCGAUUCUGGACCUGGGCUGAUACACGCCUGAAUAGUAUAGGCGUCAACUGGAUGGCCUGUGCUUAAGGUGUAACAGAAGUUACAUCAAGGCGAUGUAACAGUAGUUACAUCAAGGCCGGAAUGGUUUGGCAGUAAGAGUUUUAACUCGGGUCAAAGCCAAACCACUACUCAAUCACCCUA